CGGCGGACACUUAUGCGCCGCGAUUUACACUACUUUGUUUUUCCAUUUUUUCCAAUGGACACUUUGUCAGCAGUUUAUCAUUUCCCUCUUUAAUUUAAAGCAUGCUAAUCUAAAAUAAAAAUUAAUUUGCCUUCAUGGGCUGGUUCAGCUUCAAAUUUUGGUUUUGUUUUCGUCUCAUCCUCGCAUCUAUUGCUCAUUUUAACUGGUUAACAGCAAUUUAUGUCAAUUGUAUUUUCUUUACUUUAUGGAAAUCCUAUGAUAUUUUUUGGUUUUGGUUCCAUUUAUUUUUGUGUAUUUGCUUCCCUUCUUUGAGACCCGAAAAUUAUUUAAUUGUAUUUAUUCGCUUAAUUCGGGCAAAAUAUGGAGAAUAUUCUGAUAAAUCUUUUAAAGAAAUUUAUGAACAAUUUUAUAAAUAUGAAGGAAAGACUAAGGCUGAAGUUGAAUUGAAACGAGUUGAGACUUUGAGAAGGGAAAAGAGGGAAAGCAGAAGAGCUGGAAAUAAAAAGGUUUUUUCAACAGAUUUUUUUGCGGAUUUAAAGUUUUUUGCGGACAAUAUUUGCGGAUUUUUUUAUAAAAAGCAAAUUUUUUAUUUGCUUCAUAUUUUUUAUUACAUUUAGAGAAAAAUAUGAAAAAUACAAAGAAUUUAAUAAGACUGACGUAGAAAAAUUUAUUUGUAACAAGUCUCGACAAUUUAUCCCUGAGGAUCUA